UCUGCUGGAAACAGAGCAAUUUCCGUUACCGCUCCUUUUUGGAAACAAACCUCUUUCCCCAAAAUUUCUCUUCACUCUCAAAAUCCGAAAUCUCUCUCUCUCUCGAUUCCGUGAUCCAUGGCAGAGCUUCCUCCGGCGGACUCAUUUCCCGCAUCCCGACGCAAAAACGACGCCGGAGCAGCCUUCGUCCUCGAAUCCAAAGGGGAGUGGUGGCACGCCGGAUUCCACUUGACGACGGCGAUCGUAGGGCCGCCGAUUCUGACGCUUCCCUUCGCCUUCCGAGGAUUGGGUUGGAUACUAGGAUUUCUGUGUUUGACGGCCAUGGCCGCCGUCACCUUCUACUCCUACUACCUCUUGUCCAAAGUUCUCGAGCACUGUGAAAAACACGGCCGCCGCCACAUCCGCUUCCGGGAACUCGCCGCCGAUCUCUUAGGGUCAGGAUGGAUGCUAUAUUUUGUGGUAUUCAUACAAGCGGCUGUGAACACAGGAGUGGGAGUAGCCGCAAUUUUGCUUGGUGGGGAGUGCAUGGAGUUGAUGUAUUGGAGGUUAUAUCCAAAAGGGGAGCUGAAGCUGUACCAUUUCAUAGCAAUGGUGAGUGUGGGAAUGAUAAUGAUCUCUCAAAUUCCCACUUUCCACUCCCUCAGACACAUCAAUUUUGCUUCUCUUCUCCUCAGUCUGGCCUACACUUUCUUCAUCGCCUCUGCUUCCAUUCUUGCAGGUACAUCAGAUAAGGUUCCUCCGAGGGACUAUCAUUUGGAAUCGACUCUAUCUGAAAGAGUUUUUAGCGCCUUCACUUCCAUUUCCAUCUUCGCUGCCAUUUUUGGCAAUGGCAUUCUUCCUGAAAUUCAAGCAACUCUUGCACCACCAGUGGCUGGGAAGAUGGUAAAAGGGCUCAUCAUGUGUUACAUUGUAAUCUUCAUCACAUUCUACUCAUCUGCAGCUUCUGGCUACUGGGUUUUUGGCAACAGAUCCAAUUCAAAUCUCUUAAAGAACUUACUCCCCAAAAAUGAAUCUCCUUUGGCUCCCACUUGGCUUCUCUUCCUCGCUGUUCUCUUCAUUCUCCUCCAACUUCUCGCCAUCGGAAUGGUCUACGCCCAAGUGGCUUACGAGAUAAUUGAGAGAAGGUCAGGAGAUGCACAACAAGGAGUGUUCUCAAGGAGAAACCUGAUUCCUCGGCUGAUUUUGAGGACAUUGUACAUGGCUAUGUGUGGUUUUUUGGCAGCCAUGCUUCCAUUCUUCGGUGACAUUAACAGCGUUGUUGGAGCGAUCGGGUUCAUCCCGCUCGAUUUCGUUCUUCCGAUGGUUCUCUACAACAUCACCCACAAGCCUCCGGUGUCGUCGUGGGUGACUUAUUGGGUCAAUGUCUUCAUUAUUGUUGCAUUCUCUGGUGCAGGAAUUAUGGGAUGCUUUGCUUCUGUUAGGAACUUGGUUUUGGAUGCUAAGAAGUUUAAGUUGUUUAGUAGUGAUGUGGUUUAAAUUGAUGUUGUUUUUAGUGCAAUAAUAAUGUGAAGUGGGAAUAGUUUGAACUUUGGUGGUAGUUUUGGAAAUUGGAAUAUAUAUAUAUAUAUGCUUGUACUGUAAUUUUGGAUCAUGUAAGGUUGGAGUGUUGGACUAACUCAAAUGAUAUCGUUACCUUUUAUGA